ACUCUUCAGACUAGGCAAUCCAGUGUUCAUUUAGAGGAAUAGAACUCGAGGGACUUAAAAAAAAAAAAAAAAACAUUGUCAGUAAUAUACGUGAUGCAGAAAUAUUAUUUGUAACGGGUCCAAACAUUACCACACCCAAAUUACAAGUAAGAUGUUCUCCAGCAAACAGAGACGGAUGUCCCUCGUACCAAUGUAGACUUACUGCAGGCUCUCAUAAUGUCAUCAUUCUUACAUAUUAUCGGUGUGCUCUUGGCUUUGGCAGCAUCUGGAUACUCUCUCUAUUGCACUCAGUGUAUAUCUCAAUCAAAGUCGUGUGUCGGUUCCAAUGUAAGUUGUCCUUCUGACUCUCUGUGUGGAGUUUCAUACUCAGAAACUGGAUAUGGCUGCGAUACUACAAACCUCUAUGUGAUGUCAUGUUUGCCUCAGGACGAGUGUGGUUUGAGUGGAAGUGCCACCUUCCCAUCCGGGGUGACAUUGAGGAUGGGUUCUUCAUGUUGUUCCACCAGUCUUUGCAUUCCAACGUUGCCUUCCUUGCCAUGGUACAAUUCAAUGCCCAACAAUGGGUUGACAUGCGGAUCUUGCAAGUCAGCUGACUCCACCUGGUGUUACACUUCAAAUACCAUACAAUGCACCGGGGAUGAGAACAUGUGCCUUCUGCAUACUACAAAAAUGUCAGGAAUGAUUUCAAUGUCAACAGCCUUUCGUGGUUGUGCCACAAAAAGCCUCUGCAACCUCAGCAGCCAAUCUUAUAGCACCGAAGACGUGUCAGCAGAAAGGAAGUUCAUCUGCACCAGUGGAAGUACGGGUCUCCGAAAAGGCUUCAUCCUUCCUGCUGUGAUCUGUCUUUUCUUGCUGAAUUUAUUCAUCUAAAAUGUUUGGAAAAUAAUUAUUAGUACACAAACAAAAACACAAAAGCUGUUUUGUUUUGCAGAAUAAGAGAUUUAUUAAAGUUUUCAUCUAAGAUUCACCCAA